UAAUGCACAGUGAUCCCGACAGUGUGGGUUCAGUUUCUGCGCUGGUAGAAGUUAACACGAAGGAUUCUCAUCCUCAGGCUAUCACCUCGCCUGAAGUAUCAUGUUAAACCCACCGGCAGUCGUAACUCUUGUUUUGUGAGACAGUGAUGCUGUACGAUUGUGGAGAUUUACCUCUUCAAUCUAACAUUGCAGCAGUGGGCGGUGCCUCUGAUUGUCUGGUGGACGGGCGCGCUGGCUGCGGGGAUGUGCAAGGCGUGGCCCGGUCCCACCCCUCCCCUCCCCUGUGUGGCUGUUCCAGUCGUUCCCGGCUAUUCGGACAGGUGGAGCAAUCGUUUGUCUAGUCGCUGUUAGAGCGGGAGCAAUGAACCGCUUCCGAAGCUCGAAGUAUAAGAACACGGCACCGCGGCUUCCGGGCCGGGCGGACUGGAUCAAUGACGUUAAAUCAAACUCUGCUGCCUCCUAUGGGAAUCAUAUCAAAUCAAGUUGUGCCUUCAUCGCCUUCAAUGCACACAGCCCAGGAGGAGGGACUCUAGGAAUUCUGCCACUGGAAACUGGAAGUGGAGAUAAACCACGGGUGUCGGAGCUUCAUUGUCAUACAGAUCUGGUGACUGAUUUUGAUUUCUCCCCAUUUGAUGAUGAAUUGCUGGCAACAUGUUCAGCUGAUGUGACGGUAAAGCUGUGGCGACUACCUGACACUUUGCAGGAGGUGUUGUCUGCACAGAACAUCACUCUGGGACCAGAAGCUGUGCGGGUGGAAUGUGUGUUGUUUCAUCCUUCUGCAGAUGGAGUUUUAGCAAGUGGAGCUGGAAAUAUAGCCAAAAUAUGGGAUGUGUCACAACAGAAAGCGAUGGCAGCUCUUGAAGGUCAUGGGGAUCAAAUUCAGAGCUUGACUUGGAAGAAAGAUGGGUGCCUACUUGGUUCGUCAAGUAAGGACAAGAAGCUACGAAUUUUUGACCCGAGAGCGACUUGCUCAGCUGUGCAGUGCGUUCAAGGCCAUGAAAACAUCAAGGAUUCCCGGUUGAUUUGGCUCAACGUAUCAGACACUCUUCUGUCGACUGGGUUUAGCCAGAUGCGUGAACGACAGGCCAGACUGUGGGACACCCGCAAGUUUACUAGUCCUGUCAGCACCUUAAAUCUUGAUACAGCACAAGGAUCACUGAUCCCGUUAUAUGAUGCGGAUUCUGGGUUGCUGAUCCUUGCUGGAAAGGGUGAUAACGCUCUACAUUGCUUUGAAGUGUGCACUCCAGAGGCCACUUUAACCCAAGUGAAUCAAUGCCUGACAGAGUUGAAGUCCAAGGGUGUUGCAAUGGUGCCCAAACUUGCGCUGGAUGUGAUGUCGUGUGAAGUAAUUCGAGUAUUGCAGCUCACUGAGAACUCCAUUGUGCCCAUCAGCUACAGAGUACCCCGCAAGUCUCUCCAUGAAUUCCAUGAUGAUUUAUUCCCAGACACUCCUGGUAAAUUUCCUUCAAUAUCUGCGCUAGACUGGUUCAAUGGUUCCAAUAAGCAGGUACAGAAAGUUUCUUUACAUCCAGCCAAACGCACAAAGCAGAGUUUCACCUCUAUUGCUGUGCCUAGUGUGCAGAAAUCUUCAACACAAUUGAAAGAACUAAUUCACAGGGGAGAAAAAGAAAUGGAAGAAGUGCCUUGGGGAACAGGAAAAUCUGUUGACAAUGGACAGACAUCGUCAUCAAGUUCCAUCAGCUCAAUGACUUCACCAUCCAUCACCUCUCCAAGCAGCACCAGCUCAAAGUUCACCGAUUUUGUAACAACCCCUCAAAGCCAGAAAUCUCUGCACAGUAUCUUGGGCAACAAUUCAAAGUUCAGACAUGUACAAGGCACGGUGUCUCGUCGGGACACACACAUCACUAAUCUGAAGGGAUUAAACCUGACGACACCUGGCGAGUCUGAUGGAUUCUGCGUGAAUCGUGAGCGUGUUGCAGUUCCUUUGAAGGUGUCGGGUGGGCAGAUCGCUGUGCUGGAGCUCUCGAAACCUGGGCGGCUGCCGGACAACUCCCUUCCCACCAUCCAGAACAGUGCAGCUGUCACUGACCUCAGCUGGGAUCCCUUCAAUCGCCGUCGGCUUGCUGCCGCUGGUGAAGAUGCAAAGAUCCGAAUCUGGAGAAUUCCAACUGGAGGACUCUCGGGAAUUCUUUCUGACCCUGAGCAAACCCUUUCUGGUCAUACAGAGAAAAUCUAUUCCAUCAAGUUCCACCCACUGGCAUCUGAUAUCUUGGCUUCAUCCUCCUAUGACAUGACUGUGAGGAUUUGGGACAUCAGUUCGGGAAAAGAAGAGAUAAUACUGAAGGGACAUACUGAGCAGAUCUUCAGCCUGUCCUGGAGUCCUGAUGGGCAGCAACUGGCAACAGUCAGCAAAGAUGGCAAAGUUCGAGUGUAUGAUCCUCGACGUUCAGUAAACCCUGUGCAGGAAGGACCAGGACCUGUAGGCAGUCGGGGAGCACGGAUCUUGUGGGUAAGCGACGGACGAUAUCUGCUGAUAUCUGGCUUUGACAGCCGCAGUGAGAGACAGAUCUCCCUCCAUGAUGCGGGGUCCUUGGCACUGGGACCACUAGCAACCACUGACAUCAAUGCAGCACCAUCCACUCUCAUUCCUUUCUAUGAUGACGAUACCAGCAUUGUCUAUCUCACAGGCAAGGGUGAUACGAGGGUCCAUAUCUAUGAGAUUCAGACUGAAGCGCCAUAUUUCCUGCAGUGCAGUAGUUUCAAUUCCACUGAACCACACAAGGGACUCUGCUUUCUGCCAAAGACUGAAUGCAAUGUGAGGGAAGUGGAAAUUGCACGAGCCUUGCGUCUGGGGCACAAUUCCUUAGAGUCCAUUAUUUUUACAGUUCCACGAGUUAAGAAAGAGUUUUUCCAGGAUGACGUUUUCCCUGAUACCACAAUGUGGUGGCGACCCGUGCUCUCAGCCUCUGCCUGGCUGGCAGGUUCCAAUGGACAGCACAAGAAGAUGAGCCUGAAGCCUGCAGACAUGAUCCCAGUGAGUGAAGCUCCUAAAGAGGUGCCAAACAGGAAAUACAAGCCCUCAGCUUUCUACCUAGAAGAGAAAACGGAUGAGGAGAAAAAGGAAGAGCUGCUAAGUGCCAUGGUGGCAAAGCUUGGGAACUUGGAUGAUCCCCUACCUCAGGACUCGUUUGAAGGAGUGGAUGAAGAUGAAUGGGAUGACUAAAUUUCAACUGAAGACAUCUCUACAGUACUUCAUCUCCUGAUGGACCCUCCUGUUGGUGGAGCCACAGCUUCCUGCUUCAUCAAAUGUCAUUAAUCACAAGCCUGUUAAUGAGCAAGAGAGCGUCUCCAUCACCCCACUCACUUGCAACAUUUCCCUUGCUCACUUUCAUCCAUCUCUCGCUCAUUUUCAGCAUCUCGCUCAUUCACUCACACCAUAACUCCGUUACCCAUUUGUAGCACGUUUCCCUUGCCCACUUGCAGAGCAAAUUUCCCUCUCAUUCACCACAUGUCUCCUUUGCUUACCCAUGUAACAUAUUUCCCUCCCUCACUCAUUCUCAGAUCAGAUCCAACAUCACUCAUAGAAUGCCUUUCUUUCUUUAAGGAAGUCUUGCCCACUCCUGGUUCGUACUCAGUGUGUUGGAAAUGCAAGGAAGGCAUCAGUGAGUUGCAUUUGUCAGCAUCUUCACUGGCAUUCCUUUCUCAAUUUUCACAUUCACAACCACAUUUCCUUCAUGCACCCCUGCCACAGAUGCACUUGCUCUCCCUCUCCCUCAAUGCCCCACUUCAUGCAGAGUUAUGCGAUGGGUCAGUAUGCUGCGUUGUUGCAAGUUUCAUUCCUGUUCAUAAAUGUGCAUUUAUUAAAAAAGAUAAUAAAAA